CGUACGAGUACGGAGUACGAAGACACGAGGCGCGUCCCACUCCUGGAGCUCGAAGCCAAGCCAACCGCCAACCGCCAAAGCGGCUCCCACGAAGACUUACUCGCUGCGACCUUGCCAUUCCUGUACAAGAGGCGGCCGCCCCGUAGCGUGGUAUUCUCGACCGAAGUCCACACUACCGUGAUCGAUCGCCCGGGCACCAUGUUCGAUGGGGAAGCGCGCAGCAAAAGGCAACUGAGAUGGAGUUUUUGGAGGAUGGAUGCGAGUGCGCGCAGUGUCCGAGAGAAGAUGAGAGCCAGUCAGUGA